AUGUCGGAAAGCAUCUAUUCUCAUUUCCAGAGUAACCCCGACGCUGAGGGAUACUACGGUCGGUUUGGCGGUAACUACUAUCCACCAGAACUUCGAUCCGCACUGCUAGAGUUGGCCAAUAGCCAUAACGAGCUCCAUCAAUCGCCGGAAUUUCAGGCCACCCUGGAUAAGGUGCGGGUCGGACUUCAAGGGCGCCCGACGCCAAUACACCACCUUGAAAACAUCUCAAACCAAGUCGGAGGAGCUCAAAUAUUCGUCAAAAGAGAGGAUUUGAAUCACACCGGUGCACACAAAAUCAACCACUGUGUUGGCUUCGCCCUACUUGCUAAGCGGAUGGGCAAGAAGAAACUGAUUGCUGAGACGGGAGCCGGCCAGCAUGGCGUCGCUCUGGCAACUGCAGCCGCCUAUUUUGGCCUCGAAUGUGAAGUUCACAUGGGAGAAGUUGAUAUAAAAAAACAGAGCUCAAAUGUUGGUAGGAUGCAGCUACUCGGUGCGCGAGUGGUGUCUGUAUCGACUGGCCAGUCUGCUCUAAAAGAUGCGAGUGAUUCUGCAUUUAAUGCAUACGCCGAGCAGCACAAACACGCGCUUUAUGCCAUUGGCUCGGCCAUCGGCCCUCAUCCCUUCCCUAUGAUUGUACGAGACUUCCAAGGCGUUGUUGGUCGAGAAGCGCGCGAGCAAUUUAGUUCCAUGACGGAUGGAAGUCUGCCUGAUCAUGUGGUUGCCUGCGUUGCUGGUGGUUCCAAUGCAAUGGGUAUAUAUACAGGCUUUAUAGAUGAACCCGGGGUCAUUCUACAUGCGGUCGAACCUAUGGGCACGUCUGAUAAGCUCGGUCAACACGCAGCGACAUUAUCCUAUGGAAAACCGGGCACCCUGCAUGGUGCUCAGUCCAUUAUGCUUCAGAAAGAUGACGGUACACCUGCCAGUGUCUCAUCCAUCGCAUCAGGGCUCGCAUACCCUGGCGUUGGUCCUGAGAUUGCGAUGCUUCAUGAAGCUGGUCGAUUAUCAAUUGCAGGUAUUUCAGAUGAGGAUGUCGUCAAUACAUUCUACCGGAUGGCGAAAUUCGAGGGUAUAAUUCCGGCGCUGGAAAGCGCACACGCAUUAGCGUUUGCGAUUCGGUUGGCUGCGCAGCGCCCUCCAUCCGAAAGAAUCCUAGUCAAUCUCUCGGGUCGUGGCGACAAGGAUGUUGAUUACGUGCUUGAAAAAUACAAGCUAGAUGAGAAUGGAUGCUUCCUUGCAGCAGCUUGA